AUGUUCAAACUUCUUCUUCCUCUUCUCAUUUAUCCGAUAUCACCUUCGAUAUCACAAAACUUGAUCAUUGACGUGAGUAUUCAUAUCCCGAAUUCUAUACAUCUUCUCCCCGUUAACAGGUGUCCCAGAACGCAAUUGAACAAUAUAUUUCUUCAAUGUCCGAUCACUUUCGAAACGAGAUUCUUGAAUGGAAACUUCCUGAGAUGGAAGCAACUCGAUUCGUUUGUGGCAUAAUUCUCAAAGACACCAGGGUAUCCAACAUUCAGUUCAACAAUUUCACAUCUGAAUUGGCCGGACCAUACGAAGACUAUUAUUUGAAUGUACCCACAGUUACUCCUUUAAAUUAAUAUACUAUUUUCCUUCCAGAUAACCGAUCUCUCACUCACUCUCUCCGGCCAAUACGUUCGGAAUUUUCUUUUCUUCAAGUUUCGAGACUCAUUCUCCAUCAAAGUUCGCUUCAAAACCGUUUCUCUCGGAGCUCUAGUUCCGAGCUUUGCAAAUGGAUUUCCAUUCAUUCAUGGUGUAAUUAAUUGGUGAGUUUACUGCGAAAAUCAUAAACGAAACAGUGAGUUGGAGUUCAGUGGAUUUGUAUCUUCAGUCCUCGAAGAUCCUGAGACAGACGGAUGGUUCGUAACUGGAUUAAUUCGAGAUGCAUUCGAGUAGGCAUUCCUUUCCCAGUUAUUUUCAAUGUUCAAUCUUUCAGUGAUUAUUUCAACAAUUUGUUUUGCUACAAACUAGUUGGAUCUCUUGACAGGAAGAUCCGAAGUGACAUUCACGAGUUGCAAGUGGACUUUCCCAUCUUCGCCAGUAUGUAUUUUGUUUCAUUCCCAUCCAGACAAACUUCUGAAUUUUCACAGACUCAUCUGAAAUGUCUUAUCGAAUGUUCAAAAAGGCUCCGUUCAUCCUUCCUUCUAAGCAGGUACGGUAUUUUUUGGAAGGAGAAAUAGAAGAUCCGAUCAACGAGCCGGCUGUCUUUCUGCCCAAUGAGCUGACCGAUCGGACAGUGGUACGCCACGUGGCGUACCAUAUUCAUGAGAAACUUCUGGCUGAAAUGUUGGACGCGAUCUGCGAGAAGGGCCUUUUCGACAGCAACUUUACAUCCGUGCCCUCGAUGAAACCCGUCAGCUAUCUGUGUCUGAACACGAGCGUCAAAAUGCAGGGACUCUCAAGUGAGUCUCAUUACUUCCUCACCUGUCCUCAUGAAUUACCCUUUCGCAGACACCAUAACAAUCAUCAUUCACGUAACGAGUCUUGAGACGUACCCGGAUAAAGAGGAGAAGACCCAGCUCCGCAGUUUCAUGGUCACUCCGUUGCAUAAGUCAGAUUAACGGACGGGCGGUGCAUUCUAAUUAUUUUUGGAUUUGCAGCAGUGAGCACGAGCUUUUCAUCCGGCUCAAAUCGCAAUUGUCCAAUCGUUGGUUGGAUAAUACGUUCACAGAGCAGGUGAGCGGUUUAGUGAAAAUGAGAUGAUCGGACAGUCCAAGUUCAGCUCUUCAACCAUCUAUCCCAAGUGCUUUCCGACCACUUCCGUCUUCCAUUGCCUUUCAUUCACAACUCUUCGAUCUCCGACGUCAUCUUCCACCCGAAUGCAGAUUACUUACAAUUCAGUCCAAUUUUUUCUUUCAUGACAGUGAUACUCAAAAGUUUUGA